GCCAUUUUGAUUAAAAAAAAUAUGACAGCAUCCUUGUCUGUCUUGCUGCAAUCUUGAGGGUAAAAGCGACAAUUAAUUUACUGGCGCUGGGAUUGAUUGUACUAUACACGGGUGGAAGGGUCCGGCAGCCUCUUGUGAGCUGUCAAAGAAACACUCGCCAGAUUACUGACAUAUUUGGUUGAUGGGGCGUGCAGCUCCAGUUGACUGGCUUGGAAUAUAAACAAACUGCUCAACUAGCUACUAUAGCAGACUGACACUGACGCCCUGGAGCUAAAUGACAAGACCGUUUAUCAGUGUGUGUGCGCCAAUGGUGUGUGUGUAAUCGUCCAUGCAGAUGACCAUUCCUUCCUGGGUCUAUGAGACAAAUGACUGAAGAGGUCUGACCAAGGACACACAUUAAUUAGCUGCAGCCAUGUUCUGGAAGUUUGACCUGCACAUGGCAUCCCAGCUGGAGGCCCUGCUGGAGAAGGAUGAUGUCACGCUCACUGAGCUCAUGGAGGAGGAGGACGUACUGCAGGAGUGCAAGGCCCAGAACCGCAGGCUGCUUGUCUUCCUGUCCCAGGACACCUGCAUGCAGGAGCUGCUGCACCUCAUCACCACAGAGCCCCCUGCUGGCCUGGAAGAAACAAGACGUUUUAAGCACCCUAACAUAGCGUGUGAGCUGCUGACGAGUGAUGUGGGGGUGAUAAAUGAUAAGCUCGGUGGAGAGAAGCCCCUGCUGGAUACCCUGUACUCUUUCCUGGAGCAGCCCCCUCCCCUCAACCCCCUUCUUGCGUCCUUCUUCAGCAAGACCAUCGGAAACCUCAUCACACGCAAGACCGAACAGGUCAUCUCCUUUCUGCGUGGAAAGGAGGGUUUCCUGGGUCUGGUCCUGAAUCACAUCAACACAUCAGCCAUGAUGGACCUCCUGCUACGCCUCAUCAGCUGUGUAGAGCCUGCUCCUCUCAGACAGGACACACUCAACUGGUUAAAUGAAGAGCAGCUGGUCCAGAGGCUUAUAGAGCUCAUCCACCCUGGGAAAGAUGAGGAGAAACAGUCAAAUGCAUCCCAGACUGUGUGUGACAUCAUCCGUCUGAGCAGAGACCAGGCCAAUCAACUCCAAGAGAACUCUGAGGCUGACCCUCUGCUUGCCGUGCUGGAGUCGCAGGAGUGUGUGGGUCAGCUGCUAGACAACAUGUUUGUGGGAGAGAGGACAGAGAGCUGUAUCAUCUGUGGAACUCAAAUCCUUCUAACCUUACUGGAAAUCAGGAGGCCAGGGGUAGAGGGUAUGUUGGAUGUGUGUGUUCAGGGACAUGAGAGGUGUGUCAACAGUAGCAUCCUGCAGGCCAUCCAACCCCACCUCACACACUACCACCAACUACUGCUGGAUCCGCCCAGGGUGACCCCCAUGCUUACCAGUCUAGGUGUGUUGGAGGUGCCACUGGGUAACUGUCGUCUCCAUGUGGCCAGGCUGAUGGCCUCUCUGCUACAGACCACAAACACCAGUUAUUACAUCUGUUGUAACAACACCAUUUAUAACAACACCGUCACACUGGAGCUCUGCAGACUCAACACCAUAAACAUUCUACUGGACCUGUUCUUUAAGUACACCUGGAACAACUUCCUGCACUUCCAAGUGGAGCUGUGUGUGGCAGCCAUCCUCAGCCACUCUGCACAGGAGCAGAGACCCCUGGUUACCCAGGAAAAUCCCAGGCUUCAGCAGGAGCCCCAGGAGAAGCAGGACUCGCCUGGCCCCACACUCCCACUGCCCUCUGUUCCUCCCGACAUCUCCACACACAACCCACUGGUGACCCAUUUGUUUCAGGACUGUCGUCUGUUUCAGAGGAUAUUGGAGGCCUGGGAGGAGAAUGAUAAGAUGCAGGCGGAGGGGGGCAUGAGGAGAGGCUACAUGGGUCACCUGACUAGGAUCGCCAACACUGUAGUCUGUAGCAUGGAGAAAGGACCACUACACAGCCAGAUCAGCAGCCUUAUUACAGAGCUGCUUGUGGAUUGCAAGGGGCGCUGGGAGAUCUUUGUAGACCAGGCCCUGACAGAGAUCAACAGGAAGAACACUGUAGACCUGGUGUCUCACAACCUGCGCUCCUCCAGUGAAGACGAUGACAGACAGAGUCCCUUCCCCAAAGAGUUGUCACUGCAACAGACAUUCUCAGACUACCAGAUCCAGCAGAUCACUGCUAACUUUGUGGAUCAGUUCGGCUUCAAUGACGACGAGUUCUCAGAACACGGCGACAACAUCAAUGCCACCUUUGACCGGAUCGCAGAGAUUAACUUCAACGUGGACACAGAGGACACUGCUAAGACUGCAGCAUUUGAGGCCUGCACUAAGGAGAAGAUCCAGUCGUUUGAUGACAACGAAGAGGAAGAUAUCUGGGAGGAGAGAGAGAUUAACUACACUACACACACCAAGUCUAGGACCAGGUUUGGGGGGUCGCGGACGUCUGUUGGAGCGGCUCAGAGUGAUGGGGUGAGCGAUACUGCUGAUAGCUCAACAGGUUCUGAAACAGAGGAGUGGGAGGUGCCUAGUGAGGUCACAGGUCAGACGAAACACAGCAAGAACAUCAGCCAGACUGAGAACAUCAGCCAGACUGAGAACAUCAGCCAGACUGAGAACAUCAGCCAGACUGAGAACAUCAGCCAGACUGAGAACAUCAGCCAGACUGAGAACAUCAGCCAGACUGAGACUGCACAGAGCCCUGGCUGGGCGGCUAGUUUCGGGGAGGUGAACUCUAAGGACCCCUCUCCUGGAGUGGGUGUGGAUCCAUGGGCUAACCCCACCCCCAAGUCUGGAGUGGGCGUAGACCCAUGGGGUAGCCCUGCCCCCACACCUGGAGUGGGCGUAGACCCAUGGGGUAGCCCCACCUCUAAAUCAGGGGUGGGCAUAGACCCAUGGGGUAGCCCCACCCCCAAGUCCGAAGUGGGCGUAGACUCAUGGGACAGCCCUGCCCCCAAGUCAGAAGUGGGCGUGGAUGCAUGGGGCAGCCCCGCCCCCCAACCCAUAACUGCAGAGAAGGGCUGGGCCAAGUUCACUGACUUUCAGCCCUUCUGCUGUUCAGAAACAGGUCCGAGGUGCACUUCUCCAGUAGACUCAGAGAUCUGUGGGUUAGACAAAACAAAACCCAGCCAGGACAAGAACUCUUGUGUGUGGAGUGUGUGUGUGGCGAGGAAGGCUCCCCUGGUAGCAUCAGACAGCUCUUCAUCAGGAGGCUCAGAAAGUGAUGAAGAGGACAAGACUGAAUCUGUUACUAUGGAGACGGUAUCCAAGGAAAUUGUUACUACAGAGACCGUUGUCACAACCGCCGGACGGGAGACCAUCAGACUUAGGAUGGACGCCAAGAACGAGAGAGCUGUCUUCACCAGAGUGUUUCAUCCUGCAGUCAGAGGUGAGGCUGACAUGAGAGAGAAAGAAAAGAUGAAGGAGAAAGAGAGGGUGAUGGGUGGAGGAGACCCUCUCAAUGCCACCGCUGCUCCCCUCAAAAUUCGGCCUGCCACCGUCACAAAAGACACACCAUCCUUGGCAAACGGACCGGCCUAGUACUACGGUAAAAUGACACACACAUACACACUCCAUUCCCUAGCAAACUCUAACACACUCCACUUCCCAACAACACUCCAUGCCAUGCAACGUCUUGUAUCGUGAGGAGUGCUGCCCUGUCAUAGGUCUGUGUCUAGGACAUCUACGGUGGCUGAGAGAGUCAGAAAGCAGAAGAGAAAGCCAUUCCGGAAGCCAAACCACAGCUCCUAAACACAACAGUUUAUAAACAGAUUCAUGUGAUGUUUGUCCCUGCCCUUCUGCUGUAGUCUCUCCUACACACCUAUCACCACACUGCGACGUGUGUGUGAGAUCCAGCUUUAUGUAGUGUUGUUAGUUCUUGACUCAGCCGGAUUUUUUUACACUUUAAGUUGAGAAGACGCUCCAUUCCCGCUGUAGUCACAUCAUCAGCGCAGAGUAAAGUCUGAGGCCUGGGGAGCAGGGGAAGGAGUAGUCAGUACUGACUGUAAGAUCUUCAAAGACAAAGUGUGUUCCUAGUUUUUAUUUAUUUGACUCAAUCAUUUCAGCAUAGAAAAUCCAGCCUGAUUAUGAAAAUCCUCCACUGUCUUUCUCUCUGUGUGGACUAUUACAGGUAGUGAAAAUAUUGAUUCCGUCUGUUCUUUCUCUUUGUGUGUAUGUGUGGGAGAUUUGGAAUAUAUAUUCUCAGGUUAAAAGAGCAGUUCUGUGGAUGUGAUGAAAGCACACCUGUGUGACGUCACACACAGCAUGAUUAUUCACACACACAAGACACACACAAAGCGUGAGGCAUACACACACUCCACUGCGUGAGUGUAUACACACACACAAACACAGAGUUUGCGCAGACAGAAGCACUCACACCCUUCCAUAUCACCCCUCCACAGAGCUGUGUAAAUGUAAUAUUGUGACCGUUGAACCUUUUAUUAGGUUGUGGUAUAAUGUAAACGUAUUAUAAUGUAAACAGUAUAUAUAUAUAUAUAUAAACACGUAUCUAUUUUUGGUAUCAAUUCAGAUGUAUCGGAAAGCGGAUGUUUAGCAGGUUGGUGUGUGUGUGUGUGUUUAUAAUGUUGAAAUGAGGCAAUAAUGACAUCUGUGUUAUGGUUUUUACCUCAGCAUCAGACCCUGAAACCCUGCUACAUGCUUCCUCCUGGUGGGUGUGUGGUUGAGUGGGUGUGUGGGUGGGUGGGUACAUGUAUGUAUAUGUUUAGUGUAUUGGAAAUGUUUUCCAUAUACAAUUCCUCAUGCUAUAUCAUCUUAUCAGUAUCUAAAGCGCUCUCUCUCCCUUCUCUCAUUUAGAGCAUGUCAUUCAGGUAUGACUUAGUGAAGUUAGUUUCUGUUGUUGUGUGGUUUUAUGUUUAAAGCACUUUGUGAUGGUGGGCAGAACCACCAAGGGCUUUUACUCACAGCUGAGGAAGAGAGGUUUGAGGAAGAGAGGAAUCAGUAAGUUAUUACAAAAUCUUAAUAAUAUUUAUGUGAUAUGACGAUUUGAUCCACCUAUUGUGAUGCCAAAGUGUGCUAGAGACUAAUGAAACUGGCUAGAUUUGGGACAGGGAGAGGGAUCCACCCUGAUUCAGGGUCUGAUAAAGCUAACCAGAGUUGCGUCAUACCUUCACCCCAAUACCACACACUGCAUCUGACCCAUAUCACACCACACACUGCAUCUGACCACCCAUACCACACCACACACUGCAUCUGACCACCCAUACCACACCACACACUGCAUCUGACCACCCAUACCACACCACACACUGCAUCUGACCACCCAUACCACACCACACACUGCAUCUGACCACCCAUACCACACCACACACUGCAUCUGACCACCCAUACCACACCACACACUGCAUCUGACCACCCAUACCACACCACACACUGCAUCUGACCACCCAUACCACACCACACACUGCAUCUGACCACCCAUACCACACCACACACUGCAUCUGACCACCCAUACCACACCACACACUGCAUCUGACCACCCAUACCACACCACACACUGCAUCUGACCACCCAUACCACACCACACACUGCAUCUGACCACCCAUACCACACCACACACUGCAUCUGACCACCCAUACCACACCACACACUGCAUCUGACCACCCAUACCACACCACACACUGCAUCUGACCACCCAUACCACACCACACACUGCAUCUGACCACCCAUACCACACCACACACUGCAUCUGACCACCCAUACCACACCACACACUGCAUCUGACCACCCAUACCACACCACACACUGCAUCUGACCACCCAUACCACACCACACACUGCAUCUGACCACCCAUACCACACCACACACUGCAUCUGACCACCCAUACCACACCACACACUGCAUCUGACCACCCAUACCACACCACACACUGCAUCUGACCACCCAUACCACACCACACACUGCAUCUGACCACCCAUACCACACCACACACUGCAUCUGACCACCCAUACCACACCACACACUGCAUCUGACCACCCAUACCACACCACACACUGCAUCUGACCACCCAUACCACACCACACACUGCAUCUGACCACCCAUACCACACCACACACUGCAUCUGACCACCCAUACCACACCACACACUGCAUCUGACCACCCAUACCACACACUGCAUCUGACCACCCAUACCACACACUGCAUCUGACCACCCAUACCACACACUGCAUCUGACCACCCAUACCACACACUGCAUCUGACCACCCAUACCACACACUGCAUCUGACCACCCAUACCACACACUGCAUCUGACCACCCAUACCACACACUGCAUCUGACCACCCAUACCACACACUGCAUCUGACCACCCAUACCACACACUGCAUCUGACCACCCACACCACACACUGCAUCUGACCACCCACACCACACACUGCAUCUGACCACCCACACCACACACUGCAUCUGACCACCCACACCACACACUGCAUCUGACCACCCACACCACACACUGCAUCUGACCACCCACACCACACACUGCAUCUGACCACCCACACCACACACUGCAUCUGACCACCCACACCACACACUGCAUCUGACCACCCACACCACACACUGCAUCUGACCACCCACACCACACACUGCAUCUGACCACCCACACCACACACUGCAUCUGACGCAUACCACACCACCUGACCCAUACCACAUCACACACUGCAUCUGACCCAUACAACACCACACACUGCAUCUGACCCAAACGUGUGUGUGCUCUCUGUAGUCGGAGGCCUUUUAUAAAGGGUUCUGAUGCUGGCGGUUCCUUUUCUGUAUAUGUAAUUGUGUGUGUUACUGUUGUCAAACCUAGCCUGUAAAUUCAGAUAUCAAACUAAUAAAUAUGUCAACCAUCAA